GGUGGUUUUACUUUGAACCAUUACAGGUUGUCGUUCGCAUUGUUCGUCGUCUGUGGAAAGUGACUCUUUGUCGAGUUUUCGCUUUGAAAUGCAGAUGACUCCAUAGCCAGGUGUCAAGCCGUGGAUUUUCAGAAAAGGUUGUUAUUUCAUAGAAUUGCUGUAUAUUAAUGGUCCAGAUAGGUUUCAAAAUUUCAGAUCAAGAUGUAAUUUAACAAAUUCAUUUUAUAAUCUGAUUCUAAAAAAAGAAAGACAAAGAAUUUCUUCAAAGGAGUAUGAAUGAGACACCAUGCAUAACUGCAGAAAAGCCAAACAAUCAUGUCUAGCCUUUUUGUAAUCAAAAGCCAGUUGAAGUUGUCAGAAGGUGCAAGGAGACAGCCAUGGACCCAGGGGGAAAAUUGACAUUGCCUCUCAGGUAAACAGUGAGAUAGAAUCAUCUCUUUUGCCACACGAGUACCUUUACAGGUUAGUCCGUAGUACUCUGGAACAAAAUGGCAGCUGCCUCACCGUCGCCCUUAGCCCGUUCUCCAGAGAAGACAAAUGGUUAAAAGUUGAGCAGACUUCUUAUCGAUGGUGGAACAAUAGUGUUGAGGAAAGUUUUUGAUGGCUUUUACCCUCCGGGAAGGCUGUCUGCUGGUCUAACCGCCCAGUCUUCGACCCUGAAUACUCUCCUUAAGAAAAAGGUCUUACGUGCAGCUCAGUGGAAUAAACUAUUCCCUCCUGGCGGAGCAGCACCAGACUCUAACACGUUUGAUAUCACUCUCCUAUUUCUUCUUCUCACCAACAUUUGCGGACUAUCCCCUCCUCUCCUAGGGUGGCAUAUGAAGCCAUCCCCAAGUGACACCUCUAGUGAGGCAAAUCUCGCUCGCGUGAAGUUCUUCCGCAAUGAGUUGUACGGUCACGUUUCUAGCACUGGCAUUGACACGCCCACUUUCUCCUCUCUGUGGCGCGAAAUUAGUCCUGUUCUUGUAGCUCUUGGGUUAGAUCAAACCGAAAUCGAUAGACUGAAGGAUGAAAAGUGCAGCGCGAAAGAUUAUCUUGACGUUUUACUUGAAUGGACUAAAAGUGAAGAAGACAUCAUAUCUCAUUUGGCGGACCUGCUUAGAUCUCAGAACACAACGCGGCAUAUCAUUGAAGAAGUACGUGAUACUCAACUAGAAGAUUACAAAACGAUUCAAGAGAGCAAUGCAAUGCUUGGGGAAGUGCAUCAAUCUCAGAACACUACACGGUGCAUAAUUGAAGAGUUACGUCAAACCCAACUAGAAGAUCACAAAACGCUUCAAGACAGCGCAUCAGUGGUAGGAGAAGUGCAUCAGACUCAGACGAAAAUACACAGCACCACCGAGGGCUUGGCUAAAAGCCAAGAAGAGCGUUUUGAAAGUUUGCAAACAGGUCUACAGGAAGUGAAGCUAGCUGUUGGAGAAUUAAGCAAAGGAAGAAGCUCAGGCAGUCAAGAAGAGGAAGUCCCGAAGCAUAUCUCUUCCAACCUGGAAGAACAGAGCAGAAAAGAAAAAGAAUAUGAAAGCUUCAAGAAACUCGCCAAAAUUGACCCGAAAAAAGAUGUAGAAUAUCACGCAGAACGGUACCUAGAAGGUACUCGUACGUCAAUAUUUACAAAAGUGGAGAAUUGGCUGGAUGAUAGGACCUCCCAAAACCGUGUUAUGGUGAUAAGCGGAAAUGCAGGGAUGGGAAAGUCAGUGAUCUCGGCAGUUGUUUGCAAAAGAAUGAUGAAAGUGGGACGACUGUCAGGUAGCCACUUUUGUCGGCACGAUAACGCACGUCAGAGGAAUCCAAAAGUAAUGCUUCAGUCUCUUGCUCACCAACUUUCCGAAUCCUUGUUAGAAUACAGGGAUAGUCUGGCGGACGUUCUCUCCAGAAACCUUGGUGUAGAACCAAAUGAUAUGGAAGUCAGGGAACUCUUUGAAUUUUUGUUUGAGGGACCACUAAAGGAACUAAAAGAUCCUGGAAGAAACAUUCUCAUCAUUGUGGAUGGACUGGAUGAAAGUGAAUACCGGGGACGGAAUGAGCUGCUUGAUGUUAUAUCCAAUCACUUCAAGAAACUUCCUUGUUGGAUUCGGUUUCUUGUAACAGCUCGACCAGAAGUAAACAUCGCAGAAAGCCUGAAGAGUUUUAGUCCCAUAGCCUUAGAGCCAAGUGAUGAAGAGAACCUGAUGGACAUUAAGUUGUUAUUCAGAAAGCAGCUCAGCCAUCUUAUUCCACCUCAGCAAGAAAACUGCUUCAUAACUGAAUUGGUGAAAAAGUCCGAAGGGCUUAUUUUGUAUGCUCAUUUACUUAUUCUUUUUAUCUUAGAUAAUGCCUCAUUUCUCACUACAUGGGAGGUGGAUAGUAUGUUGCCGUCUGGAGUUUCUUCUGUUUACCAAAAGUACUUUCAACGUUUGGAAAAAGAGCUCUGUAAAGAACUGAACGUGGCCGAGGAGCAGUUUCUUUUAUUCCUUAGUGCGCUAGUGGCUGCAAAGGAACCAUUAUUAUUAAGUUUUGCGACUAAAGUAAUGCUUGCGGGAUAAUAUUCGAUACCUGAACAUCGAAAGAUGAAGAAAGCACAAUCAUGCAUUUCAGCUCUGCUUCCCAUUCGAGGAGACUGUAUUCAUUUCUUUCACAAGUCUGUCAAGGAUUGGUUAACUAGCAAGUCCUGCUAAGGGGAGCACGACUUAAUCGUGGACGUAAAGGAAGGCCAUCGCAUUAUGUGCGAACUAUGCACCAUAGAGCUUAACAAAGUCAAAAAUAAAGCUGUCGACAAAGGCCAAUUUGCAGACACUAAAAGGUAUGCCUUGCAGUUUGGUGUACAGCAUAUGGUAGAGAUGAAAGACGAAGGGCAUUCACGUUCCUUUGAGGAAAUCAUAAAAAAGUACGUGGUCGACCUAGAGAUUGUGUACGCGAAGCUAUGCGUAAACAGCGCCUCACCCUGUGAAGACGUCGUUUAUGUUUUGAAGCAAGAGGAACUCAAUGAUUUGUGAAAAGAAAUUCCACAUUCCCUCAAUAACUUGAUGUUUAUUUUAAGGAAGCACAGAAGGUUCUUGAGAGAGCACCCGGAUGCGUUAUUCCAAGUGGUACUGAAUGAAGGCAGAGCUAAACUUUCUUGUGAAGCAAGAAAUCUUUUGGAGACGAAGUAUUGCGAAUUACCCUAUAUGGAGUACUUGACAAAGACUAAGUUACAUGAAUACCUUCAAGCUGACUUUCUCUCUCCGUCUCAAGUGCUCUGUUGCGAUGUUUCCCCGCAAGGGGACUACUUGGUGAUGGAGUGUCGCGAGGGUACGAUACAUUUGUGGUCACUUCUUACUGGGGAGCAACAUUGGAUACGUCCUGUCAGGAUUAAUAAAGAUAUACCUACAGUUCUGUUUGGGGCUCAUAGGGCACUAUUUUCGAUACAUGAUUCGUUCGCCGAUUGGGAUUGUGGUUUGUCAUUUUAUCGUUCAGUUGUUUUCCAUCCAGAUGGCAGUUGUGUCUUACCAGGCGAACUCAGACAAGCCUAUAGUCUUUGUGGAAACCUACAAUCGCUUUUCCCUGAAAGUCAGUGCACCUUCAGAGUGUGUUCAGUAUCUGGAGACAAGACUAUGAUACUAACAGAUAGCCCUGAGGAUGAUAAAUGCAUCAUGGUAUGGAGUCUAACUGAUGGCAAGGAGAUAAGUCGUCUUAGAAGACAGGAAAAAGUUCUAUCUUUUGCGUGGUCUCCAGAUGGAAAUAUGAUUGCUCUUUCCCUUUCAACGGGCUCAAUAUGUGUAAUAGACAGGAAGAACGAUUUUGACACUCUGGCGGAAGCAACACCCUCCAAACCAUGUGGAAUGUUAAAGUUUUCACCUGAUCAACGAAGCCUUUUUGGUAUGCAUGUAUCCUAUGAUGAUUGGCGAGAUCACGUACUUCAUCAUUUCAGUUUAAGAAAAGGUCAUAAUCACACAUAUUCAUUAGAUGUUUCUUGUAUCCCAGCUCCUGUCAAAUUUCAUUCAUGGGAUUUGGAAUCCCGUACCGAAGCUGGAUUUUUGUUGGGGGAUCAGUUUUCCUUCCAACCCAUGUUAGGCAACUCGAGUAUACUGUAAUGGAGAUUUGU